CCGGUGAUAUUGUUGUUGUUUUUUAAGAUUUAAAAUCGCCAGUUUUUCUGGUUUCAUUUGGAAAUAAUUUUGCGGUUAAUAACAAUCUCCCGGGGGGGUGUUGCAUAACCACCCUAACAGAUCAUCGGAGAAGUAUAUAGAUAUAUUUUCACUAUGUCAACCCCUAAAUCGAUCAAGACGGACCACGAGGAUUUGAUCCACGAUGUUGCGUUCGAUUUCUAUGGAGAAAGAUUAGCAACUUGUUCCAGUGAUCAAAGUGUCAAGAUUUGGGACAAAACAGAAGAUGGUUUGUGGCAUCAGUCUGCAUGUUGGAAGGCACACACUGGUUCAGUAUGGCGCGUUGCUUGGGCACAUCCUGAUUUUGGUCAGGUUAUAGCAACGUGUUCGUUUGAUCGAGCUGCAGGUAUUUGGGAAGAACUACCUAGUGAGUCUCGUGAUGAUACAUCGAAAACGAAAUGGGUGAAAAGACCCAAUUUGGUGGACAGUCGGUCUUCAGUCACAGAUGUUAAAUUUGCACCAAAACACUUAGGUCUUCAACUGGCCACAUGUACUUCUGAUGGAAUGGUACGAAUAUAUCAAGCUCCAGAUGUGAUGAACCUCAGUCAUUGGUCUUUGGAUUAUGAAAUUAAUUGUAAACUCAGCUGCAGUUGUCUAUCGUGGAACCCUUCCAGACUUUGUCCACCAAUGAUUGCUGUUGGCAGUGAUGAUGCCAGCCCUACUGCUGGAGGAAAAGUAUCAGUCUAUCAAUACAAUGAUCAACAAAGGUCUUGGAAUAAACUCCAGACACUCAGCGUACCAACCGAUUCAGUUCAUGAUUUGGCGUUUUCUCCAAAUUUCGGGCGAUCCUAUCAUUUACUGGCUGUGGCAUCAAAAGACUUACACAUAUUUCAAAUGACACCAAUCAAGCACGAAAGUCACUCAGACUACAACACAACUUAUGAGAUUUGUCUAAUUGGCCAAUUUGACGAUCAUGAGCAUCAGGUUUGGCGCUUAUCAUGGAAUGUUACUGGAACUAUUUUGGCAUCUUCUGGUGAUGAUGGCAAAGUUAGACUUUGGAAAGCUAAUUAUCUUCGUAACUGGAAAUGUAUAUCGGUUUUAGUUGGUGACAUUCCUCAAACAAUCUGCGAAUUUGGUCAGUCGAAGUCUGAUUUGUCUCCGAUUGCAACAUCAAGUUUAUCGGCAGGACCUGGAUCAAACAAAAGGUCACCUCCCGAAGCCGAUGUGUUUCCCACCGAAGGACUGGGUGGCCUCUUCAGUAUUACAAACCAAAACAAGUUCCGCCUGCCAAGGGGUCUCUCGCCGAAAGCCCUUAAUUCCCGACGUCGGUCUUCGCCAGCUGCUGUGCAUCGGACUUCUUUCCCCAAAUUUUUGGAGAGGCGACUCAGUUAAUGUUUUUAGGGGACAAAUAAUUCUGGUCGGUUCUUUCGUUGCUGAUUGAUGGUCGAAUUUCCGCCCCCCCUUCUUUGAACAGAACAAAAGCCGUGUGG